GCGCUGACUAGCGGCAAGGACAUCUUCGCCGUGCUCUCGGCCAUGGACAACAGCGACGAGCCGUCCGAUAGCAGCAACAAGGAAGGCGACGACUCGUACACGCUCGUCGUUGGGCCAAAGAACAGCGGCAAGUCGUCGCUCAUCAUGUACUUUCGCAACCCAACCAAAGUCGACGAGCCCAAGCCCACGGCCGCGCUCGACUACUACUAUGCGAGGCGCGCUGCACCCGGCUCCAAUCGCAAGACCGUCGCGCAUUUCUGGGAGCUCGCGGCAACCAAGCGCGUCAAGGACCUACUGUGUGUGCCAUUGUCACCAGACCGCGUCGCGAACGCCGUUCUCAUGGUCGUCGUCGACCUCUCGACGCCGGGCGACGCAGUGCCCUGGCUCGUCAAGUGGCUCACGCUGCUCAAGUCGGUCACCACUGACGUGCUAGCCGCUGCAUCCAAAGCGCCUGCGACUGCCACUGCCGUCGAGAAGCUCAAGGAGGACGCCGUCGCUCGGUACGGCCCGACCCACCCUGACAAGAAGGACGUGGCCCCGCUCGCGAUCCCGACGCUCAUUGUCUGCUCCAAGUUUGACGCGUUUCGCGACGAAGACGGGGUCAAGCGCAAGGGCAUCGUACAGGCGCUGCGGUACCUUGCCCAUACCUUUGGUGCGACGCUGCAAUUUACGAGUCUCAAGGACAAGGCCCUCGGCGCUCAGUUUCGAACGUGUGUGAACGCCCACGUGUUCCACACCGAAGGCAAAACGACCAAGGAGAUCGAUCCGGCCAAAGCCGUCUUUGUCCCUGCUGGCGCCGACUCGUUCGAAGACAUUGGCUUGCCGAAAGGCAGUCGGCCGCAGGACUUUGACGAUGGCAGUCUCGAGAAGCGACUCAAAAUGUGGCUCAAACUCACGGCCGAGCUCUACCCGCCGACACCCAACCUCCCGGAUCUCAGCACGGACGUCGUCGAAGACGAGAAGGACGACGCAGAAGAGAAAUUCCCGUCCCCCGCCAUCGACGCCAUGCGACGUCAGAAGCGGGAGGAAUUGCGGCGGUACCGGGAGAAGAAGACGCAGUCCGAGAAGAAAGCGGCUCCGAAAAAGGAAGCCAAAGACUAGGUCUUGUUGUCCAAGUUAGUACUGGGAUGUAUACGAGCUGAGCUUGUCGCUGAGCCAAACACGGUGCUGCCACAGACGGCAACGUGCGCCAGUUGGCAGCGUCUUCCAGUUGAUAUCGUCC